AUAACCGUUUUUCAAUAAGAGUCAUGAACACACGUGGGUUCUUAUCUCCGGUUUUUCAGGUUAUAUUUAUCUGCGGACAUCGAUGACAGCGACGAGUAGUGGUUAUGCUAGAAACUAAAUGUGUCUUCAAAAAGCGGCCAUACUCCCACCACUGAAAUUAGAAGUAGUUUCCAGACUUGUAUGUAAGACCGUGGUCAGUGUAAAGAAGAGAAAUUGACAAUCCCGGAAAAAUGGGUAAAGCGAAGAAAAUAAAAGUAUCUCAGGGCGAAACAAAGCAAGCAAAAUUAGGUUUAGCGGAACAAAUAGAACAUGAAAAAGGGGUGAGAGCCAAAAACAGGCAAAAGAUUAGAUUCCGAGCGGAUGAGGAUGAAGAGUAUGUAGCUCCCAAUCUAUCGAGAAAGAUUUUGUCGCUAGCCAGACAGCAACAACAGGAGAUCGAAGAAGAGAACGGCCUAAAUGAUUCCAAGAGCGCUAAGAAACCCACAGUGACACUCGGCCCCAAUGUCAGUGAUGAGGAUCAAUCCAGCGAUGAGGAACCGCUGGACAAUGUACACUAUUACGAGCAUAUUGAAAUCAACGAGGAAGAUGAACGUGCAAUAGAAAUGUUCAUGUCCAGGGAUGCGGCGCCCACGAGAACGUUGGCCGACAUAAUAAUGGAGAAAUUGACGGAGAAAAAGACAGAGAUUGACACGAACUUUUCAGACGCCGGUGCUAUCCAGGUGCAGGAUCUAGAUCCACGGAUCACAGCGAUGUACGAGCGCGUCAAGGAGGUGCUGACGAAGUACCGUAGCGGCAAACUACCGAAGGCAUUCAAGAUCGUGCCGAGUCUUCGAAAUUGGGAGCAGAUAUUAUACAUCAUGGACCCACCGCAAUGGUCCGCAGCUGCUAUGUACCAGGCGACAAGGAUAUUCGCUUCAAACCUGAAGGAAAAGAUGGCCCAGAGGUUCUACAACUUGGUUCUGCUGCCGCGCGUCAGGGACGACAUAGCAGAGUACAAGAAACUGAAUUUCCAUCUGUAUCAGGCGUUGAGGAAAGCGCUGUUCAAGCCUGGUGGAUUUAUGAAGGGAAUCCUGAUACCAUUAUUGGAGUCUGGCACGUGUACGCUGCGGGAGGCCGUUAUCAUCGGGUCUGUGAUCUCGAAAAAUUCGAUACCGAUUUUGCACUCCUCCGCGGCUAUAUUGAAAAUCGCCGAGAUGGAGUACACAGGCGCGAACAGCAUCUUUCUCCGAAUAUUUUUGGAUAAAAAAUAUGCGCUCCCGUAUCGAGUGGUUGACGGAGUGGUAUUUCAUUUUCUUGGGUUCGAGAGAGACAGGAGGCAGUUACCAGUGUUGUGGCAUCAGGCCUUUCUCACUUUCGUGCAACGGUACAAGAGUGAUAUCAGCUCUGAGCAAAAGGAGGCCCUAUUAGAAUUAUUGAAGAAACAAUCGCAUCAUACGAUCACUCCCGAAAUUAGAAGAGAACUGCAGCACGCGAAAUGUAGAGAUGUAGAGACGAGCGAACCCAUACCAGAACCAAUGGAUGUAUAAAAUACUCAAGUUAUUAAUAUGUAUUAUAAUUAUUGUAUUAUUAUUAUUGUUGAAAAAAUUUACUAUUAAAAUGGAGAUUUAAAUC